AGUCUAAGUAAGUUGGCGUGGCUCAUUUACUACAGUAGAGCAAACACCCCGGGACAGAGUGUAAUCUCCAGGAAUCACAUCCUUUUCUUAUUGAUAUUUCCAGCUGGACUUUUUUUCCCUUGACGAUUUCUCGUCCCGCUGUAUCGCACCAUUUUCCUUCUUCCUGUCGACACAAGUCUGUCGGCUUCUUCAAAUACCCGUUCUGCUAUUUCGCCCUUGAUUGCUCUAAAAUGCCCGAGGAGUUGAGUCCAAUGCUGGGCGAUAACUCGACCACCGAAUCCGACGUCGUCAAAGACAACCAGGCAGACCCCAACAAGCAUCGAGCACAAGAGAGCAUAGGAGCCACUCUGGCCGGCAGUGUUGCUGGCACUGUCGCCAGAGGUCAAGAAUAUGGAAACGGAUAUCAUUUUCCACCCAAGUACUCAUGGGGAGAAACGAUCAAGCAGGGUCUGAUUGACUUUUGGGCCUUCUACAAUACUGGCUUUGGCUUCUUCCUCACGAUAUACUCUCUAAACAUCGUCGCAUGGGGUGGCAUGCUUUUCUUGCUACUAUGUAAUGCCUCAUCUGUCAUGUGUCAAGGCGACUGCAACGCGAUAGAUUCGCCGAGACGAGUUUGGAUCGAGGUCGACUCUCAAAUUCUCAAUGCGCUCUUCUGUGUAACAGGAUUUGGCCUGGCCCCUUGGCGCUUCCGCGACCUAUGGCUGCUUCUCAAGUUCCGUGUCAAGAAGGAUAUUAAGGGUCUGCGCGAAGUGGCUGGUGUCCACCGUGGAUGGUUCAGAUUACCCGGCUCCGAGGACCUCCCAGUACAUCUGGGACCCAAGAACAUUGAAGAAACGGACAUUGCCUGGCCCGAAGCCAGCGUGCCGUUCCCGCUUGAGACCAUACCCGACGCACCUCCAACUGGUAUCAGAGCGCCGGCGACGAAACUAUGGAAGCUGGAUCUCAUUAUCUGGCUUAACGUGGCAAACACCCUGCUGCAGGUCUGUCUGUCCACCUUCAUGUGGGCGCUCAACCGAUAUGAUCGCCCUAGCUGGUCGACAGGUCUGUUCGUCUGUCUUGCAUGUAUUGCCGCCGCUGUUGCUGGUAUCUACAUGGGCAUCGAAGGCAAGCAUGUAAAAUCCAUUGAGGGUGUACCCCUGACGAAGAGGGAUAGAGAGAGGUUAGCCAAGGAUGCAGAGUUAGGCAUUCCGCACUGGAACAACCUCAAAGACAAGGAUCCCGAGGAGAAGGAAAACAAGAAGAAAGCCAAGAAGAUUGCGUCGCACGAAGACAAGACGGCAUAGGAGUCGUGUCUAAGCAUUGGGUGGUGCCCCACGUGGGAUUGAGGGGGUGUUUGAACAUUGGGCGUUUGGAAUAGCAGGCGAAAUUACUUCACGAUAUUGAUACCAGACUUGACCUGAAUAAUCUGUGGUGUGGUCUAUUAUAUAUAUGUAUACGUAUAGCAUGGGUGGUGGUUCAUAAAAAUUAGCACGAAUCACGAAAUACCACACAACGAAACCGCAAAAUACGUAGGCUCCCAAGUACACCCUCUCA